CGCUUUGUGGGGGCCGGCGCGAGGGGCUCGCCGAGGCCGCCCCGCCCCGGCGUAAAGACGGCGUGGGCCUCCCUGCUGCAGUGCCUGCCCUGCCCGGCCUUCCCGUGCCCACCGCCGCCGCUGCCGCCGCUGCCUCCUCCGCCCCAACAGCAGCAGCAGCAGCCGGGGCACAACGACGCCUUCCCGUUUUGCUGCUGCGGCGGCCGCGACGCUUGCGCCCCUUCCUCCUCCGCCGCCGUCGCCGCCGCCGCCGCCGCCUCCUCGUGCUUCUUCUGCUGCUGCUGCUGCCUCCCCCUGCCCGGCCGCUGCCGCUGCUGUCCCCCCGGCGGCCAGGGCGGCCAGGGAGGCGGCGGCCAGGGCGGCGGUGGCCCCGGCGGCCAGGGCGGCGGUGGCGCCGCUGGCGGCUGCUGGCCCCUGCCCGCGUGGCCCUGCCCGGCGGCGUGCCCGUGCCUGCGCCGCUUCACGGCGUGCGUGUCCCCGCGGCCGCACCCGCCGGCGGCAAACGGGGCCCUCGGCGACAGCGACGAGGGGCGGCGGCAGCAGCAGGCGCAGCAGCAGGCGGCGCCCUCCCUCAGCAUGGUGAAGCUCACAAAGUCCAAGACCUUCCAGGCGUACCUGCCCAACUGCCACCGCAAGUACAGCUGCGUGCACUGCCGCGCGCACCUGGCCAACCACGACGAGCUCAUCUCCAAGUCCUUCCAAGGGAGCCAAGGAAGGGCGUAUUUGUUCAACUCUGUAGUGAACGUGGGCUGCGGGCCGGCAGAGGAGCGGGUUCUGUUGACCGGGCUGCACGCGGUCGCCGACAUCUACUGCGAAAACUGCAAAACCACCCUGGGCUGGAAAUACGAACACGCGUUCGAGAGCAGUCAGAAGUACAAGGAGGGUAAGUACAUCAUCGAGCUGGCGCACAUGAUCAAGGACAAUGGCUGGGACUGAGCCUCCCCUCCGCCCACCACUUCGGUCAGCAGUCACUUCAGAGCCCCCCCCCCCCCUCCUCCCCCCGGCUGCCCCCGGGUGGAGUGAGUGGGGGGGGGGUCAGGGAUGGGGGCGGGGGGCGCGUG